CUUUCAGCCUGUGAUGAAGGGUCAGAGGGCUCUGCUCUGUCACAAGUUAUUUUAGGAAAUAGUUUCACCAGUGGACCGUGGUGAUGGCAAGAUGUACGGUAUAUAAAGGAGCGUUCACUGGUACGUUAGGAUAGAAGCAGACAGACUUGGAUUCAAGAUGCCAAACUGGGGAGGGGGUGCCAAGUGUGCAGCCUGUGAGAAGACAGUGUACCAUGCAGAGGAGAUCCAGUGUAACGGCAGGAGCUUCCAUAAGACCUGUUUCAUCUGCAUGAGCUGCAGAAAAGGGCUGGACAGCACCACGGUUGCAGCUCACGAGUCUGAGAUUUACUGCAAGUCCUGCUAUGGCAAGAAAUAUGGGCCAAAAGGCUAUGGAUAUGGGCAAGGAGCUGGAGCUCUGAGCUCUGAUCCUCCUGGCCAGAACGCAGACCUGCAACCUCAUGAAUCUAAACCAAGACCUUCUUCAACAAACGCAAAUCCAAGCAAAUCUUCCCAGAAGUUUGGAGGGUCAGACCGCUGCCCUCGCUGCUCCAAAGCGGUCUAUGCAGCAGAGAAGGUGAUGGGAGCAGGAAAGCCUUGGCAUAAAACCUGUUUCCGCUGUGCCCUCUGUGGUAAGAGCCUGGAGUCAACCACGGUGACAGAUAAGGAUGGAGAGCUGUACUGUAAAGUGUGCUAUGCCAAAAACUUUGGCCCAAAAGGAUUUGGACUGGGGAACGCUGCCAUGUUGGAGGAACGACAGUGAACAAAAAAACUCAAAGUCACAUUCACUGUUACACUGCAGCUGUUUCCAUUCAGACUCAACAGUUACUUUUACACUGACGUAUGCUUUGUGAUGAGUCGAUGCCAUGUUUUCGCCAUGUGGUAUUGGGUGUAACUGUGAACUGUUAUCUUACUUUUACAGCAGAACAAUUGGUUAAAUGUUGCAUGAUAUGUAUCAUGGUUAAGUCUGAAUCCAUUAUAAGAAAUAUUUUGUUACUUUAAAAUGCAUCAUUUCUAGAAAUAAAGGGAAAGAAACAGCAUGUAUAUACGUA